AUGUCAGUUGAACCCUGCGACCUGCAAAUUCAUGUCAAUGGCCAACGCACUUUCUUCCUCUCCCAGAAAAUCCUGUCCAAGUUCUCCGGGAAACUUAGGAAGAUAAUCAAACGGGAGAAGAGCAAAACCCAGGUCACGACCUCCGGGAUCGAGAUUAAUGGAUUCCCUGGCGGGCCCCUCGGGUUCGAGCUGGUAGCGAGAUUCUGCUACAACGACGGCGCCGUUUCAAUCACCGUCGGCAACGUCUCCCUUCUCCACUGCUGCGCGGUGUUUUUCGAGAUGACGGAGGACGCCGCCCCCGCCAACCUUUUCCACCAGACGGAGGUUUUUCUUCAGGGAAUUUUCUACUGGUCCUGGCGCGAAAUCCUCGCCUGCCUCAAGAACUGCGAGCCCUUCUUCACCUGUGCGGAGUCGUGCGGCCUCGUGGACCGGCUCAUGUCUUCUCUUCUAGCCAAGAUUGCACAGUAUUCCGAUUCUAAUAUCCUUUCAGUCUCGUCGUCUUCAUCUUCCUCAUCUCCGGAGAUGGCGCACGACAUCAGCUCGCAAGGUGUUUGUAGCAAUUCUACACUGAACAGAGGCCGACCCUGGUGGUUUCAAGAUUUGAUGAUUUUGGGCCCAAAGACCAUCGAGCAGUUCCUUCGCGCAUUAGGGUGCUAUGGUACCGAAAAUAACAAUUUAGUCCUAACGAGAUUCCUCCUUCAUUAUCUAAAAACCGCAAUCCUUUCAAAUGGUGGGAAAAUUGUUCUUGCGGAUUACAGCAACCUGGCUGACACCGCAACCCAUGGGGUGGUUCUCAUCGGGAAAACUGGGUUUUCCUGCAGAGGACUUUUUUCAGCACUGCAGAUUAUUUCACGAUUCGGGCCGAGCAGAAGGAACCGGGCCUCGCUGGAGAGGCUGAUUGGGUCGAUGCUCGACCGGGCCACAUUGGAUGAUUUGUUGGUGACAGGAGGAGAGAGCCGGGGGGUUUAUGAUGUGGGCUUCGUCAUCCGGUUGCUUCGGUUGUUUGUUCAUUACGGUGAUGAGGUGUCGAUGCAGAAGAUGAAGAGAGUUGGGGAGUUGAUUGAUUUUUACUUGGGGGAGAUUGCCCCAGACCCGAUUCUUAAAGUUUCAAAGUUUCUUGGUGUGGCUGAGGGCCUGCCGGAUUGUGCAAGGGAUUCAUUUGAUUAUGUGUACAGAGCAAUUGACAUCUAUCUUGAGUCCCACCCAUCUCUUUCCUUGGAAGAACGAUCAAGACUGUGCCGAUGCCUCAACUACAGAAAGCUAAGCCUGGAAGCCUGCAAAGACCUUGCCAAGAACCCAAGGAUACCUCCAAGAAUCGCGAUUCAAGCACUAGCUUCUCAGCACUCAUCCAUACAAACAAUUGAAUUUGCAGGGGAAGACUGUUCAAGCACAAGGUGCAGCAGCAAAGACAAUAACAAUGAGCAUCAGCUCGUUUUGUACAAACAAGAAGAUGGUUUAGAAAGGUUUUCAGACGCAGAGAGCUUGCCGGAAGGAGAGGAAAUGAGAGUGAACUUGGAGAGGAUGCAGUGGAAAGUGGUGGAGUUGGAGAAAGUGUGUAGAGAAAUGAAGGGUCAAAUGGCGAGAAUGGUGAAGCUUGGCCCUCACUACAACUCUGGGCCCAUGCCUAGGUUGUGCUGA